AUGCUCGACUGGAAGUUAUUUCAAAAUUACCAGCUGAUUGGAUCUGUAAUUGGAUUGUUGCUCAAUUCGCUAACAAUUUCUCUGGUGGUGAAUAAGUCACCUCAACAAAUGCGCGCAUACAAAAAUUUGAUAAUUCUCACUUCUCUUUUUGAGAUUAAUUAUUCUGUUCUGGAGUUACUAGUGCAACCAAUGUUUCAUUCUUUUGGAUCAGCAUUUGCAAUGGUUAUAAAUGUAGAAAAAUGCUAUCUAGAUCGGAAUGUGCUUAUGGUGCUUGUUUCAUUUUACAAUGCAUUUGUCGGUUCGCUAUUGGCAAUGUUUUGUAUCCAGUUCACUUAUAGGUACUGGGCAAUUAGCGGUAACAUAUGGCUCGAGAAGUUCAAUGGAUUUAGAAUUUUGUGGUGGGCAUUAGUUCCAGUGUUGUGUGGAGCUAUUUGGUGGUUUGUAACAUACUUUCCGUGUUCCCCAAGGCCGAGUGCCGAUGAAUAUUUGAGAAACGAAAUAAUGAAUGUCUUCAAUCUAGAUAUUGACAAAAACCUAUAUAUUGCACCGUACUUCUACGAAACCAAUUCCGAUGGAAUCACAGAUAUCUACUAUCCAUCAUUCAUUGCAAUUAUUGUGAAUAUUCUUAUAACAAUAGUUUCAUUAAUAACUGUAUUUUACUUUGGCUUCAGAUGCUAUAUAUCACUUCAAAAGAUCUGCAAACAAAAUGUUUCUCAAAACACUCGUGGGCUUCAAAAACAAUUAUUCUACUCAUUGAUUGCACAAACUUUGAUUCCAUUAUUUCUUAUGUACAUUCCAGGAUGCGCGAUGUUUUUAUUGUCAUUUUUAACAAUUGACGUAGGCUCUUUUACUGGGAUUGUCACUGUGACAAUUGCCCUGUUUCCUGCGGUUGACCCACUUCCAACAUUGAUUAUGGUGAAAUGCUAUAGAAAUUCACUUCGAUCCUAUCUUCGUGUAUUCUUGAGUGCAGUUUCUAAAAUGUUUCAAACUCCCGAUGUACCUGCAAAUGUGACAGAGCUUUCAAAAGUUACAAGAUUGUGA